AUGGCGCCGAUGCGGCUAGAAAGAAGCCAUGCUGAGGCAUCCUCAUUAUGUAAUUUACUAUAUGUUGUUGGCGGAAAAGUACCUUCAGUGCAACCACUGCAUAGUGCUGAGUGCUAUAAUCCUUUAAUUAAUACUUGGACUAAUAUUCCGGCCGCGCGUGUUAAGCGUUACAAUUUUGGAAUUAGUAUCCUUGGCUACAUGAUAUAUGCGUGCGGUGGUAAUGACGGCGAAAUUUCUCAUCAUCGUGUAGAAUGUUACGACAUAUUAACGUCUAAAUGGAUUACAUGCCCAAAUAUGAACUCUAAUCUGGAAGGCGCUCGUGCGACAAUGUCAGACAAUUGUCUUUACUGUGUAGGUACAACGAUAAAUCAAACAAUAAUGGAACGUUUCGAUCCAAGAGAAGGCCAGUUGUGUCUCAUGCCUCCUUUGUUAAGCUAUCGUAAAUCUACCGAUGUUGUUUCUCACGAAAAUUCUUUGUUUUUCUCCGGGGGCCUCAAUUCUAAUAAUUUGACACAAUCUAAUGGAGAGCGAUUUGAUGUGCGACGUAGUAAAUGGGAGCACGUAUCUUCAAUGUUGUCAGCUAAACACGGCCAUUCAUUGGUGGAAAUGGACGGUGAUAUUUAUGGGGUUGGUGGUGGUAAAACGUUCACAGUUGAAGUAGUGAUUCUUGUAUUAUUUCAAAAUAAAAAUACUAGACACGCGUCGAAAUAUUUCAAUGAAAUUGGCCCUAAAGAUUUAGCGUCAAAUAUCUUAAAUAGUCGGAUAAGAGAAUUUCCAUACCUAACACUCGGCUCGUCAUAG